UUCGUGCUUACUUCAUUAACAGAGCGUUUUCGAAUCGGUGAAACGAAGGGGAUUAUAUUGGAAGUAGUGGUUUUAAUGUUAUUAAACUAGUGGUACAUCUGUGUAGUGUGUAUUUAAAAGAUUGGUUGUUGCCCCUUCUGACAUGGCUCCAAAUAUAACAACUUCUCCUACAGGAGUUUUGUUUGAAAACGACAUUGAAACUGUAGUAGCACCAUCAGUUGAAAAAAAAAAUGACAAUGCCAAACCACGUGAAAAGUACAGGAGAAAACUUGUGUGGAGAAAUAUUAUCCUGUUUGUAUAUUUGCAUCUGGCUGCAGUUUAUGGGGCUUACCUGAUGCUGGCAUCAGCUAAAAUACUCACAGCAGUCUUUGCAACCCUUCUCUACAUUGCUGGUGGUUUUGGUGUCACAGCUGGGGCACAUCGACUAUGGGCACACCGUGCUUACAAAGCGAAAUGGCCCUUGAGAGUUAUUCUUAUGAUAUUCAAUACCCUAGCAUUUCAGAAUCACAUAUAUGAAUGGGCUCGUGAUCAUAGGGUACACCACAAAUAUAGUGAAACUGAUGCUGAUCCUCACAAUGCCACGCGUGGGUUCUUCUUCUCUCAUGUUGGCUGGCUGCUUGUACGCAAGCACCCUGAUGUGAAGGAAAAAGGAAAGACACUUGAUAUGUCAGACCUUGAUGCUGAUCCAGUGGUCAUGUUCCAGAAGAAGUACUAUCUGAUCAUAAUGCCGAUCUUGUGCUUCAUCUUACCAACUGUAAUUCCAGUGUACCUGUGGGGUGAAACUUGGAAAAAUGCUUGGUUUGUUGUGGCAAUGUUCCGUUACACUUUCACACUGAACAUAACUUGGCUUGUUAAUAGUGCAGCACAUAUGUGGGGAAACCAUCCAUAUGACAGGUUCAUUAAUCCAGCAGAAAAUGUGAGUGUAGCAGUGUUUGCUCUUGGUGAAGGUUGGCAUAAUUAUCACCAUGUGUUUCCUUGGGACUACAAAACUGCUGAACUAGGCAACUAUCAUACCAACAUGACAACUGCUUUAAUUGACUUCUUUUCACGCAUUGGAUGGGCAUAUGACCUGAAGACUGUGCCGAUGUCUAUGGUGAAAAGGCGGGUUGAACGCACAGGAGAUGGUAGUCAUGAAAUUUGGGGUUGGGGUGACAAAGACAUGAGUCGGGAGGAUAUGGACGAGGCACAAGUCAUAAACAAGAAAUCGAAAUAAUAAUACAACAGGAGACUUGGACUGAAAUUGUGGCUUGUCUUCGUUGAGUGUGGAUGAAUAGCACAGAAUUAAUGAGUUGUAGACAUCGCAUUAGUUGUCCUGACUACCUAUGUUUAUAUAUGGGCACUGCCCAAGAUAUGGUUAUGUUACCUUAGGCUGGCAUUUUCAUUUUAUGAUUAGAAAGAACAGUUCUUAAGGAGGACUGCUUAUACAGCCAUGUGCUUUUCUUGUCAGCAUACACUUUCCAAGUUCUGUUACCAUUUAUCUUGUAUAUAACAUGUUCUUGGCCUGCUUGCAAACAAAUUGUGUAUUAUUUGCUUUAGCAAAGGCAUACAAUUGUCAGUAUUGCAGAAAUAAAAUCCACUUGUGAGUUUAUUGCAUCCUUCAGUGGAUACAGUUUUCUUUGCAAUAGGAUUUUGUAGGAGGACCUAAGGAACUUCAGAAAAAAAUCAUAUUGUGUUAGCCUUUAAAGUAAUUGAUACAGAAUACAGGUAUUUUCUGUAAUAAAAAUGAAAGCAUAUUACACUUAUUCUCUUGGGGGGAGGGGGCUGGAAACUAGUGAUAACUGAAAUAUUCUAAUAUUAAAAUGUUUUAUGUGUCCAGGCGAGCAGUUGUUUUUCUUUCCUGAAAUUUGAUUCUAAUGUUAAUGGUAUUAAAUUUUCAUUCCGGAACAGUCUUACUUCAGUUUAAGCACUGAUACUUAACAG